CCUGUUUACAACCAGACGGGGGAGAGAAGUUGGGAUUUUUUCUCUCUCUCUCUCUCUUUCUCUCUCUCUUUGGAUUUUUUUUUUUGGUACUUUCUGGAGGAUUCAAAGCAAAACAAAGAAACUGCCUCCUCCUGGGCUGUCAGUGAGAAGGGACGAGUUGUACAACUGGCUUGCGCUUUGCCAAGGAAAGGGGGUGGGGAAAUCAGAAGAAGACCUUUCUGCAUCUAAGAUGGUAAAGAAAGGAGGGAGGAAGAGAACGAAAUAACCACGGGGAAGCCUCAGACCAGGUUGGGGAGGGGGGGUGAGAGUAAAAGGAAAGAGGAUUAACCACCACCAACACCACCACCACCACCACACAAAAACCCCACCAACUUUCUUCUGUGAGGGAGGACUCGAAGGAUUAAAAAGGCAGCAACUUCUGAGGCGAUUUGUCCCGAGUUAUGGAUGUUGGUGCACUCACUUCAGGCCAGAUCAGAGCUCAGAGGGCUCUAACCAGAAGCCGCAGCCACCAGCUCUCCACUUGCCUUUUACCAGGUUUUACCCUUCCAGUAUGUUUCUUCUGGUGAGACAUUUUCCAGCGCCCAGCGUUUCAGUACAAUGUGCAAAUGGAUACUGACAAAUGGUGCCUCAGCCUUUUCCCACCUGCCUUGCUGCGGGUGCUGCUGCUUCUUCCUGCUGCUCUUCUUGGUGUCUUCUGGGUCUGUCAUCUGCCAGGACAUGCGGUCCCCGGUGGCCACCAACGCGUCUUCUUCAUCCUCCUCCUCUUCAUCCUUCUCCUCUCCUGCCAGUGCGGGGAGGCACGUGCGGAGCUACAAUCACCUCCAGGGAGAUGUGCGCUGGAGGAAGCUCUACUCUUACAACAAGUACUUUCUCAAGAUUGAGAAGAACGGCAAGGUCAGCGGGACCAAGAAGGAGAACUGCCCGUACAGCAUAUUGGAGAUAACAUCUGUGGAAAUUGGAGUUGUGGCUGUUAAAUCGAUUAACAGCAACUAUUAUUUAGCCAUGAACAAGAAAGGAAAAGUCUAUGGCUCUAAAGAGUUUAACAGCGAUUGUAAAUUGAAGGAAAGAAUAGAAGAAAAUGGAUACAACACAUACGCAUCCUUAAAUUGGAAGCACAAUGGAAGACAAAUGUUUGUGGCCUUGAAUGGAAGAGGAGCUACAAAGAGAGGACAGAAAACAAGGAGGAAAAACACCUCAGCUCACUUUCUUCCAAUGGUAGUAAUGUCAUAGAUGAAGGAACUGUUUUAUUGAUGCAGUUGAACCAAAGGCUCUUUUGUCAAGUACACUUGGUAAUCCUCUUGAAGAGUAAAGGCAAAGAAACAGUGCAGACGUCUGCUUGUUUGAAAAGGGGGGGAAGCCUUUGAAGGUUUUGUGCUCAUUGCUGGCACAUGAAGGACUUUUAAUUAGUUCUGUGUCAUAUCUUAUAAUCAAGAUACAAGCUGGAUCAAAUGGGAUGGGAACUAUUCCCAGUGUGAAUAAUGUUUUUUUAUCUCUGUGAUAGAACUUGCAGGACGUGAGACAAUCUGUUGAAUGAUCUUUGGGGAAAGUUAUUUAUGGAAUACUAACUCAUAUCAAAGACCUUCAUUGCUCAUUCAAGCCUAAUGAUCCAAUGAACAGUUAAACACGCAAGCAUUUACUGGAAGCACUUGGGUCAUAUGCACAAAUAAAGAAGUUUCUGGAGUAGCCUUGUGGAAGAAUGGAUAGGAUUAAGAAA